UUCACUUUCCUUUCCCCGGGCCAUGGCCCAGCGCCGCGCGGGGCCCCACGGCCCCGAUCCGGAGGGGCUCAGGGGUUGCAAUCUGGAGGGGCUCAGGGGUCCCGAUCCGGAGGGGCUUUGUAAUCCGGAGCGGCUCAGAGGUUGCAAUCCGGAGGGGCUCAGGGGUCCCGAUCCGGAGGGGGUUUGUAAUCCGGAGGGGCUCAGGGGUUGCAAUCUGGAGGAGCUCAGGGGUCCCGAUGCAGGGGGGCUCAGGGGUUGCAAUCCGGAGGGGCUCAGGUGUCCCGAUCCGGAGGGGCUCAGGGGUUGCAAUCUGGAGGAGCUCAGGGGUCCCGAUGCAGGGGGGCUCAGGGGUUGCAAUCUGGAGGAGCUCAGGGGUCCCGAUGCAGGGGGGCUCAGGGGUUGCAAUCUGGAGGAGCUCAGGGGUCCCGAUGCAGGGGGGCUCGGGGGUCCCGAUGCUGCAGUGACCCGUGGCCCCAAUCCGGGGGGUCCCAGCUGCAUGGCGGAGCGGGCGCCGAGUGCUGGGCAGAGCUGGGGCUCCGGGAUCUUCUCACUGUCAUGGCUUCUCGGAGGCAAAGAUGGGCAGAAGAAGGCAGCAGCACCGCAGCGGCACCAGGACAGGGCAGUGGCUGGUGACCGCCCUAUGACAGUGGCACAGGAGAUCGUACAGAAAGCCAACAAGCUGCAAGAGCAGCUGCAGCAGCUGAAAGACUCCUCGGACCCGUUGGCACUGGAGUUCCUCCGUGCCUUCGAAGCGUCCAUGAGCAUCGCCAUCCGCCUGCUCACGGAGAAUCAGAGCCUGCGGCAGAAGCUGGAGGAAAAAGCCAGCCUGCCAGCACCCCUCCCCGCGAAGCAGUCCCCAGCACCCCUCUCCCCCAGCCCGCGGCUCAGAGUGUUGCCCCUGCAGAUCCACGUCACCGGCCGGGCAAGCGGCUCCGAGAGGCAGUUCCUGGCCCAGCUGCGUGAGCACCUCAAGCCCCUGGGUAUCCAGCUGGUGGAGGAGGAGUUCAACCAGCGCUCCCACUGCCUACUGCUGCUCUUCUGCCCCAUCUCGUCCCGUGUGGGCACCGACAUCAGCAACGCCCUGCAGAGCCUCCCAGACACGAGGCAGGCCAUCCUCAUCGUGCUGCACCACCGGCCCAGUGAGUCCAGCCAGCUCUAUGCCAGCAGCAAGCGGGAGGCUCAGCACCCCGGCCUGCUGGACACCGUGGACUGUUGCUUCUCCACCGUCUCGGGCCUCUACCCCUGCUACACCAACACCAACGCCAUGGACUCUGUGGUGGCCACGCUUCAGCGACUGACCGGGAGCAGACCCUAGGGAGCAGGGCACGGAGGAGCUGCCACAGGAAGCAGGACUGGCUGGACUAUGCUUCCCCUUGGCUGAAUCCAAUCUCAAUUUCUUUUAUCGCUUCAACAGCGGACUGUUAAAAACUAUAUGAAAUCACUCAUUCAAGUCUAUAAAAGUAGGGGUCCCUACAUCAGUAAAACGUGCCUGCUUUAAAUCAUUCUGGUUACUCAUCGGGAAAGAGCGGGCAGGCAGAGGCCAGAAGAGGCCAGAGCGGGCGGGCAGAGGCCAGAAGAGGAGAGUUUGCUGAUCGGCUGUUGCUGGUUAGGGAUGUCCUCCUUGCAUUUGAUCUUCUGGGGCUGCCUUUCAAUUGCCACCGCACCUCCUUUGCAACUACAGGCCUCUUCUCCCAAAGGAAAAGCCCCUGCACUGUCUCCCAUCCAUGUGCCUACCCCAGCCUCACGCUGCUUAGCACCCUGUUGCCCCAGGUCAGCAUCUUGCAAGGGGUGAUGCAGCCUGGGGCUGAUUUAGCACCAGAGGCUGAAGGUAGACGUAUGGGUGAUGCCCCACGGCUCCGCUGCCAGCCCCCCUCCAGUGCAGAAGCAGCGCUUGUGAGCUGGCGCGGUUGCAACAAUUUGCCGACAGGCUGUGGUGUAAUUUUCAGGCAGAGGGACCCGUGGCAUGGGUCUUCAGCAGCCUCUGAGCCCUUCCAGGUGACCAUCAUCACGACACAGGUAAUCGUUGCCAUCCAGAUGGUGCUGGAGGAGAAGUUCAUCUACAAGCACGACGUGCACCUGCUGCAGGGCUGUCGGCGUGGAGGGGAGGAGACCAGCUUCUAGCUGCAGGCGCUAAUCCUCCGUAGUGUCCGGCUGCUGCCCUGCUGGGAGGCGCUGACCUCUACAAGAGCACAACCUCGCACCCAGGACUUCACUCCUUCCCAACCUCCCCUGCACGAGGGAAGUAGCAGCAGCCCCUUGGUAGCAUCUGGCCCUCACCCUGGGCCGUCUCCAGCUGGAAGGCCCUUGGUGUUCAUCUGAUACCAGCCUCAAAACCAACCAGUUUAAGCUGGGGACUGGACUGUGCCUGUGCUCCUGGAAGGAACAUUACCCCCUGGACAGACCAUUACGGACGUUGGCUGCAGCGGUCCCCCUGCUUUCCCUGUGGCCAAGUCGGGUGUGAUGCCCGGUGCUGUGACCGCCUAUCCCACCGCUACCACCAGUUGCACCAAACCCCACCCUAGUGAGGCACAAGCAUCACGGCCAAAAGGGGUUUUCUUACUUUUCUAUAGAAAGUGCUCGGGAUCAGGGUCACAAGGCAACGGGACCAAAGUAGAGGUGCAAAUACAUUUAAACAGACAUUCCCAGUAUAACGUAAUAUGCCUGAAGACAGGCAAGCUUCCCUGGGUACAUGCGAAACCUUUUCUUAGACCAACUGAGUAGCUGGAAAAAAAGUUCUUUGCAAGCUUUUGGGCACAGUAUGCCUGAAGAAACGUUUUUGUGCCCGAAAGCUUGCAAGGGAUAAAUUUGCCAACUAUUUAGUCGGUCUGAUAAAAGAUAUCAGAUUUACCCAAAGAACCUUGUCUGCCUGUGUCCUUCGACCAACACGGCUACAACCAACACCCACGACAUGCACUUAAAGCACGAGAAACAGGUAAUGGUCACUGGUCUAAUAAAAGAUAUCACCUUUGACCGAAGAGCUUCAUUUAUCUCUAUUUGUUAGACCAACACGGUUAUAGCAUGCAUCCCUGAAACACAGUAGAUAUCAUAUUUAGCUGUUUGGAAAUGUAAAUGUCAUUGCUAACCGAGACAGGAGAAAUGUUCACCCCCUGAUGGACAUCGGGCACCUCCAGGGAAGAAGCCUGCCUGAUCUGCACAUCCCAGAGAAACUCUCUCGCAAAAGGACUCUGAACAACCCCGGGGAAUAAACGUCCACCUCCCGUCUGCACAAUAAAGUUUCUUUUCUACCCAGAACUUUUCCAAACUUUGAAUUCUGCUCAGGCCGAAGGACGGUGUUCGCACCUGAAACCUUGCAAAGAAAGACAUUUUUGUGCUACUAUCUGCUUGGUCUCAGAAAAGAGAUACCGCAUCUGACCCAUGAGCUUUGUUUAUUAACAGGUAUCCAAGUUGUCGCCAUGUUGGUCUAGAGGAAAAGGCAAUCAGGACUCGUGGUAGAGGUAAUAUCUUUUAUUAGACCAGCAAGAUUUUUGCAAAAAAAACCCCAAAACAAAACAUUUCUUUAAUUGCAAGCUUUUGGGCACAAACACCCUUCAUUGGGCAUUGCAGAAAAAAUUGUAAAAGUUUUGUUUGGGGCACAGAAACCCUUCAUCGGGCAUUGGAGAAAAGAGUGUAAAAGGUCUCCUGGAUAGAAGUGAAAGGAAAACUUUUACUAUCU